AUGUCGCCAAUCAACCGUGUAUAUCUUAUCAUUCUCCUAAAUCUAUAUUUUGCUAAAUGUCAAGAUAUUCGCUGCUACGCUUGCACAACCAUUGAUGCAAAUGCAAUGUUAAGCGAAAUAUCGGACCCAAAUUGGCUACGGUGGCUCGAAAAUGUUCGAUAUGUUCCAUUCAGUCAGCAAUGCGCCGACUACUUUGAGGUUGAUCUUGCUCUGCGUGAUGGAGUCAAAAGUACCGAGUGUUCGAAUGGCGUAUGCAUGAAAAUGAUAUUCCAAGAAAGGAAUGGUGUCAGCCAUGUGUGGCGUAACUGCAUUCCAAAUGCCAAAGAACAAAUUCGAUCCGACUGCACGAAAAUUACCAGCGGUGAAGGAGAUUUGGAAGUGUGCACAUGCGAUGGCAAUCUUUGCAACAUUUCUAAACCCUUCGGAUUCAUCCUAACAAUAAUUCCCGUGAUUUUUUAUAUGAUAUUCUAA